AUGUGUCUAAAAAUUAUUAUUAAUUCAACAUUUUAUUGGAUUUAUUAUAAAAAAUAUUCUUUCUCAUUGAUUAUUUUUCUAAGCUGCUUAACAAUAUUUCAAUAUCGAACGGAUGUUUUUCUUACAAAUAAAAAAGUCGAUUACGAAUUAUCUCAAGCAAUCAAAAUCAAUUUAAAUUUAUCAACUAGUACAAUAGAUAAUUCAACUUAUUUUAAAAAAUGUCCAAAAGAUAUAUCUUUGUUUAAUCAUAUUCCAGUUCGUUCAAAUGAAUUAAUAAAUAUGAUAUCACUUGUACUACAAUCUCAAUCAUUAAUGUAUUGUCCUGUACCGAAAGUAGCAACAAAAACUCUUCUUAAUGUUAUACUUUAUAUUCAUGUACGUGAUUUAAUUAAUAAUCUGAAUAAUAAUUGGACAAAUAUUGAUAACGCUAAAGCAAAAAUAGAAAAAAUGAUAAAUAUUAAUAAAUUUAUUGGAGAACUUCGAUCUCAUGGAGUUAUAAUUCCUAAACAAGAAAAACCAAAAUCUUUAUCGGAAUUUCUUUAUAUGUAUUUAAAUAUUCUUCAAUUUGGUCAAAUUAAUAAAAAUUUUCCAUCACGAUUAAUUAAUCCUUGGAGACUUAGUUUUACAUUUUCAUUUCCAUAUUUUCGUCUUCAGAAUCUUUCGAGUUUAUCUCAAAUUUUUACUUCAUCAUUUACUCGUACAAUAUUUGUUCGUCAUCCAUUUGAACGUUUAGCAUCAGCUUAUAAAGAACGAAUAGCAACACUUAGUAAAGAUCGCAUUGAACCUGAACCUGAAUAUGAUGCAAUACGUAUGCAAAUUUGUUAUAGACGUGUUCUUUCAAAAAAAAAUCAUCCAACAAGUCCUUCAAAAGAGUCGUGUAGGAAUAUAAUUCCAUCAUUUGAAGAUUUUGUUCGUUAUAUACUUACUGAAACUGAUCGACCAAAUGGAAUUGCUCGAAUGAAUUAUCAUUGGCAACCAUAUUCAACAAUUUGUCAAGUUUGUAAAUUUCAAUAUAAUUUUGUUGGAAAAUAUGAAUCGUUCAAUGAAGAUUUUCCACAAUUUCUUAAGCAUUUUAAUAUAACAAAUUGGAAUAUUGAAAAAAGAAAUGGACCAUCUGGUCUUCAGAAAUGGGAUUAUCAAAAAUAUUAUACAACUUUAUCAGAUGAUUUAAUUUGUCAACUUAUUCGUUUAUAUAAUGAUGAUUUUCGAUUAUUUAAAUAUAAAGUUCAUGAUUAUAUUGUUAAUCGAACAAGUUUAUUUCAAAAUUGUUAUUUUUUAAAAACAUCUUGA